AUGGCGGUCUUAGAGGUGGCCCGCACCUCAAAGAACAUCAAGGGCUGCCUCAUUAAGAAAAUUAAGGAUGCGAUCGAGGACAUACAGGGCGGUGUCCGCGCUUUGACCAGUGAUAAGCGAAUGGAAAGGUUGCUCGAGGAAAACAAGCGCCUCACUGAGCGACUGAACGCGCUGGAGGAGGCGCAGGGAAAGUCUGCGGAGAGGCGGACUGCCCCAGCGGCCCAAGAGGAAGAAGAGCGUAUGAAACGCAUCAUGCUGUCCGUCGGGACGAUGAUGGACGCAAGGCUGGCUGGGAUUACAAGCCGACUCCCGCCGGAGCCUGUAAUGCGUCCACCAUUGGCGGCGGACAGAAGAAGGGCGGAGGUGGAGGCUGCGGGCCGUGGACCCAAACCUGGGUACAGCCAGGUCCUCAAGGCGGCCCCGGCUCCAAAAACAUCAGCGCCGAAGACGGCGCCGACGCCAGCGCCGAGACAGGCGCCAAAGCCGACCCCGAAGCCGGAUCCAAAACCGGCCAAGGGGAAGGCAAAGAAAUCGACGGGGCAACCUGCGCCGGCUUUAGCACCGGCGACAGAAGAGACACCGGCACUGGCACCAGCGCCACAAGAGCCGGUAGCGGGCACGUCGGAGACUGUGGAGGAUGGGUGGACCACGGUCUCCAAGAAGAAGAAGGCGCCUAAAUCAAAGGCGCCGGAGCGCCCGGUGGCGAAGCCGGCAAAAACCCCUCCCGCCAAGAAGAAGGAGGGAAAGAAGCCGUCGACAAAGGGGCCCAAGAAGGAGUCGGGGAGGACGCGGCGGAGAAGGGGGCAACGACAGAGGCGUCUUGCCCGCACCGCUGCCGUCGUCCUCACCAUUAGUGAGGAGGGGGCGCAAAAGGCCCUCACAUAUGAGACGGUCCUACGGCAGGCACGCGAGACAAUCGACCUCGACAAAAUGGGGGUCGAUAUGGUUGCCGACCCGAUCCGUAUAAGGAGGGCGCAGACGGGGGCUAGGAUUCUCGAGCUCCCCAAAAACAUUGGUCGGGAGGCGGCUGAUGACAUGGCGAAACAGCUGCGGGCCAAGUACGGUGACGACGUCAAGGUCACCACGCCUGUCAGGUGCGCGGAGCUCCGGGUAACAAACCUGGACGAGUCCGUCACCCGGGAGGACAUCCUUGGCGUCGCCACACGUCAAGGUCAGUGCGCUCCUGACCAAAUUAAGGUUGGGGAGCUGAGGCCCAGCCCCGGUGCUAAAUUCAGCGCCGUGAUGAAGUGCCCUCUGGAGGUGGCCUCGAAGUUGGUCACCUCCAAAACGCAGAAGUUUCUGGUGGGAUGGAGCUCGGCGCGGGUCGUGCAACUUGAUGCACGGCCCAUGAAAUGCUUCCGCUGCCUCGCACUAGGCCACACAAGGAUUUAG